GGAUAGGAACACGGGGCGGGUCCUGCUGGGGCGGGGCGGGGUCUCACGUGGCCCCGGAUGCAGCCCCGCCCCCGCGGAACCGGAAGUGAGCAGGCGCUGGGAGCGGCGGGGCGCGGCGGGAGCCUGGCGGACCUGGCUGGCGCGGUGUUCACUGAUCAUCGCAGAUGCCCGCACAUUCCUCCUUGGAUUCCUUGGAUUCGGAUAGGCUGUGAGCUACCUCUCCCGGCAAAAAAAGAAAGAUGUGGAAAGCUUCUGCAGGCCACGCCGUGUCUAUCACCCAGGACGAUGGGGGAGCCGAUGACUGGGAGACUGAUCCUGAUUUUGUGAACGACGUGAGUGAAAAGGAACAGAGAUGGGGCGCCAAAACCGUGCAGGGAUCGGGGCACCAGGAACACAUCAACAUUCACAAGCUGCGAGAGAACGUCUUUCAAGAGCACCAGACACUCAAGGAGAAGGAGCUGGAAACGGGACCCAAGGCUUCCCACGGCUAUGGCGGGAAGUUCGGUGUGGAGCAGGAUAGGAUGGACAAAUCAGCCGUUGGCCACGAGUACCAGUCAAAACUUUCCAAGCAUUGCUCACAAGUGGACUCAGUCCGAGGCUUUGGAGGCAAGUUUGGUGUCCAGAUGGACAGGGUGGAUCAGUCUGCUGUAGGCUUCGAAUACCAGGGGAAGACGGAGAAGCACGCCUCCCAGAAAGACUACUCUAGUGGCUUUGGUGGCAAAUACGGUGUGCAAGCUGACCGUGUGGACAAGAGCGCUGUGGGCUUUGACUACCAGGGCAAGACGGAGAAGCAUGAGUCACAGAAAGAUUAUUCCAAAGGUUUUGGUGGCAAAUACGGAAUCGACAAGGACAAGGUGGACAAAAGUGCUGUGGGCUUUGAGUAUCAAGGCAAAACAGAGAAGCAUGAGUCCCAGAAAGACUAUGUGAAAGGGUUUGGAGGAAAAUUUGGUGUGCAGACAGACAGACAAGACAAGUGUGCCCUUGGCUGGGAUCAUCAGGAGAAGCCGCAGCUGCAUGAGUCCCAGAAAGACUAUAAGACUGGGUUCGGAGGCAAAUUUGGUGUUCAGUCCGAGAGGCAGGACUCCUCCGCUGUGGGGUUUGAUUACAAGGAGAGACUGGCCAAGCACGAGUCCCAGCAAGACUAUGCCAAAGGAUUCGGCGGGAAGUAUGGGGUACAGAAGGAUCGGAUGGACAAGAAUGCAUCCACCUUUGAAGACGUGGCCCAGGUGCCCUCUGCAUACCAGAAGACUGUCCCCAUUGAGGCUGUGACCAGCAAAACCAGUGAUAUCCGAGCUAAUUUUGAAAACCUGGCAAAGGAGAGAGAGCAGGAGGACAGGCGGAAGGCAGAAGCAGAGAGAGCUCAGCGGAUGGCCAAGGAAAGGCAGGAGCAGGAGGAGGCUCGGAGGAAGCUGGAAGAGCAAACCAGAGCCAAGAAGCAGACGCCCCCUGCCUCCCCCAGUCCUCAGCCAGCUGAGGACAGACCACCCUCCAGCCCCAUCUAUGAGGAUGCAGUGCCAUUCAAGGCAGAGCCGAGCUACGGAGGUCCUCUUGGCGGGAGUGAGCCUGAGCCUGUGUACAGCACCGAGACUGCAGGUGUCCCUGAGGCCAUCAGCCAGCAAAAUCUAGCCUACACCUCAGAACCUGUCUACGAGACCACAGAGGCCCCUGGACACUACCAAGCGGAGGAUGACACCUACGAUGGAUAUGAGAGUGACCUGGGCAUCACAGCCAUCGCCCUGUAUGACUACCAAGCUGCUGGCGAUGACGAGAUCUCCUUUGACCCUGAUGACAUCAUCACCAACAUAGAAAUGAUUGACGAUGGCUGGUGGCGUGGGGUGUGCAAGGGCAGGUACGGGCUCUUCCCGGCCAACUACGUGGAGCUGCGCCAGUAGGACGGCCGGCCACCCAGCGCCUACCAGCACCAGCACAGGCUUCACACUACAGCUCAUCUGCGUGUGUUUGAGUUGGUUUCUGUUUCCUUUUUUCUUCUGAAGGUGGGGAGGGGAAUAUACAUAUUGCCUUUAUAUUUAAUACUUCUGCUGAUGCUUCAGGGCAUGUCUUGCCACAGAAUUUGCUAAUAUCUGAUAAUCAUGUUCAUAGAGAACUUGGGGUGGUUACUUUGAGCCAUCCCAGGUGUUUUCUUUUCUGCCAAGUUGACUGUGGUAUGUAGCCACUUCAGGGUCUCUGCUUCUCCUGAGGUUGGUGGUAUAUGUGGCCUUGUGCCCCCCCCCCAACCCCCGUGGCAGUCGGGGUCCCCCAGGAUGGAGACUGCUCCUGGAGUGGCUGCCCAGUGAGGAGGCUCUCUGGGACUCAGUGUUUGGGAAAAAGGAAAGGGGACCAAGGGAAAGUGAGGUGGCGGUAGAGGGGAAUGCUGGAGUCCUGGAGCAUUGACACUACGUGGGAAGUUCCCUCUGUCAGGACUGACAACCUGAGCCGGGAUCCAAAGCUUUCUGUACUCUGCCUCCUCAUCUCAUCUCAUCUCUUUACCUCCCCUGAUACCCCAGUCCGGUUGAAGCUCUUUCCUGCCUUGCCUUCAAGUGUUCCCUUCUCCUGUUUGCAUCCAAGGCCCAUAGCACAAAGCAUGUCUUAGUGACGUGCUGGCAGCUAUCCCGGGCUUGGCCUGCAACAUGGGAGGGUGGGGUGGGUCCUGGACCCACUCCCAACCCCUGAGCAGCCUGGAAUGUGUUGUGUGUGGCCAGCCACCUGGCUGGUCAGGCAGAUUGAUACCUUAUCCCUGCAAGCUUCCAGAAGCAUGCUCCCUGCAGGGGAGCUGUGUUCUUUUUGCCAAAUAUCAUGUUCAUAGUCCAUUGAUUGAUUGAUUGAUUGAUGGGGCUGAAAACAGGACUGUGAGGGAGCUGAGGCUCCCACCUGGGUGCCUGGCACAGCCUCCUUGAGCAACUGUCCCUAAGGUGGUUUCCAGUCUUUGAGACACCAGGAGGCCGGGCCACACUGAGCACGCACAGUCAGACGGACAGCAUGUCCUUGUAGACGAGUCCCCAACUAUUGGGACACAUGAGGAUCAAUGCCCACCUUCUCCUAUGUGCUUUCCUGCAGAAUCCUUGCCUUUCCGUUGUUAGGUCAGGUUUUCUAUAUGAAUUAUCAUCGGGAAUUCUGUAGCACACCUCAUAGGUAUGGAUUUUUUUAAAUUAAAUAUUCAGAAUAAACUUUUUUUGAUCCA